GCUUGAGGAAGGCUCAAGGCACCGACAACAAUGCCAGUCCACGAUUCUUCUUCAACGAGUGUGCAUCAAGAUGUCAGCAACGCAACUCUUGAACCCUAAGGCGGAGAGUCGUCGCCGCGGAGAGGCCCUGAAGAUCAACAUCAGCGCAGGUGAAGGCCUACAAGAUGUCCUCAGAUCCAAUCUGGGUCCGUCGGGCACGAUCAAAAUGCUGGUCGAUGGCUCCGGGCAGAUCAAACUCACGAAAGACGGUGCUGUGCUAUUGAAAGAGAUGUCCAUACAGAACCCCACCGCAACCCUCAUUGCCCGUGCGGCUACCGCCCAAGACGACAUAACGGGAGAUGGGACGACCUCAGUGGUGCUCAUGAUUGGCGAACUGCUCAAGCAAGCAGAUAGAUACAUCCAAGAAGGCUUACAUCCGCGAGUCAUCACAGACGGCUUCGAGGUCGCAAAGACAGAGACCCUCAAAUUCCUCGAUGAAUUCAAGAUCACACGCGAAAUUGACAGAGACCUCCUCCUAUCGAUCGCACGAACCUCAUUAUCUACCAAGAUCAACCGCACUCUUGCAGAGCAACUCACCCCUUCCAUAGUCGACGCCGUUCUCUCCAUUCACCGACCACCAAGCAAACCCGACCUUCACAUGAUCGAGAUCAUGAAACUUCAGCACAAACUCGCUUCCGACACACAACUUAUCCGUGGUCUCGUCCUCGACCACGGCGCGCGCCAUCCCGACAUGCCCAAACGCCUAGAGAACGCCUACAUCUUGACCCUCAACGUCUCUCUCGAAUAUGAGAAGUCCGAAAUCAACUCCGGCUUCUACUACAGCAGCGCAGAGCAGCGUGACAAACUAGUAGCCUCCGAGCGGCGAUUUGUCGACGAAAAGCUCAAGAAGGUCAUCGCCCUCAAGAAUGAGGUCUGCGGCUCCGAUCCCAAGAAGUCCUUUGUUGUCAUCAACCAGAAAGGCAUCGAUCCGCUGUCCCUCGAUGUGCUGGUCAAAAAUGGCAUCCUUGCACUCCGCCGAGCCAAGCGUCGAAAUAUGGAACGUCUUCAACUCGUUUGCGGCGGACAAGCCCAGAACAGCGUCGACGACCUCGACGCCUCAGUCCUUGGCUGGGCCGGCCUGGUCUACGAGCACACCCUGGGAGAAGAGAAAUACACAUUCGUCGAAGAAGUCAAAGACCCCAAGUCGGUAACACUAUUGAUCAAGGGCCCCAACCAGCACACCAUCACCCAAGUCACAGAUGCGGUCCGCGACGGUCUGCGCAGCGUAUACAAUGCCAUCGUGGAUGGCUCCGUUGUCCCUGGCGCCGGAUCAUUUCAGAUCGCCGCCGCGGCACAUCUGUCGUCCGAAGCCGUGCGGAAAUCCGUCAAGGGUAAAGCCAAAUGGGGUGUCGCCGCCUUCGCAGACGCACUGCUCAUCAUCCCCAAGACUCUCGCUGCCAACAGCGGACACGACGUGCAGGACGCGAUUGCGGCGCUGCAGGACGACCAUGCUGAGGGCAAUGUCGUCGGGCUGGACCUGGUGACCGGCGAACCCAUGGAUCCUGUUCAGGAAGGCGUGUACGACAGCUUCCGCGUGCUCAGGAAUAGCAUUGCCAGCAGCCAGGGCAUCGCAAGCAACCUGCUCUUGUGCGACGAGUUAUUGAAGGCUCGCCAGAUGGGCAGGCAAACUGCGCCAGGCAUCGAGCAGGAGUAAGAAACAGCUUAGAGGUUUAGAAAAACUGUACUGCGUGAAAGGGGAAAGAAGCCGAUGUGGAGUAGUCUCCUGCAUGAGCCACGGCGUCCCGGAAAUGUGUAUCAUGGGUAUGACUUUUGACGAGGAGAAAAUCAACUGGUAUAGAUCAUUGAGCCUGUAAAAUACCCAUCUUGAUGCCAUGACUCCAUG